AUGCACCAGCUGCAUGAUGCAAACAUGAUCGGCCCCACCCACUCGGACACUCAAGCAGACUUCGCCCCCUACUUCUACGACAAUGGACCAUACAGCCAAAAUGGAAACCUGGCACUGUUCAGUCUCUCUGAGGACACGGCUGUCGGCACACAGAUCUAUUCUCUCAAUGGCACAGACCCUGAAGGUCAGGAGGUGAGCUACGGCAUUUCCUUUGAUCCGGGCUCCAAAGAGUACUUCACUAUCGACCCUGUAUCCGGAAACAUCACAUUGGCAGAACCUCUGGAUCGAGAGAAACAAGAUUCUAUUGAUGUCCAUGUCAGCAUCAGUGAUGGACGAAGCCAGGUUGUGGAAAGAGUCACAAUAUUUGUAAUGGAUGCAAACGAUGAAAAACCUGAGUUCCAAAACAUGCCGGCCAUCAUCAGCGUAAUGGAAACGACAGAAUCUGGCAGCAGCAUCUACCAAGCUGAGGCAGUGGACCGGGACACAGGCUCAGGCGGCUCAGUCACCUAUUACCUCCAGAAUCCUCUGUCCACUUUGUUUGCAAUGGACAGACACAGCGGUGUCCUUCGUUUGAAACAGGGGGAAAUGUUGGACUUUGAAAAAACAAAGACACACUUUGUUACCAUCAUUGCAAAGGAUGGAGGUGGUAAUUUUAACGGCAAGGAGCAGUUUCUGACCUCCUCUGCGACUCUGACAAUUAAUGUGAUUGACGAACAGGACACGCCGCCAUCUUUUAUCGGGACACCGUAUUUUGGCUACGUUUAUGAAGUCUCAGUGCCAGGAUCUGACAUAUUCAUAGUUGAAGCCAGAGAUGGUGAUGUUGGAAACCCAAACCCAAUCCAGUAUUCCUUUGAAGAUGGAGAUGAUGGUGUUUUCAGCAUCAAUAAAACCAGCGGUUUGAUCAGACUGCUGACUAUGCCCAUAUAUCUGAAGAGAGAAAUAUUUAACAUUAAAGUCAAGGCAUCAGAAGUGAGUCCUGAAGGCAGACUCUUGGACUAUGAAGUGACUACAGUGGUGAUCCGUGUGGUGGACCUGAACAAUAAUCCACCUACUUUCUAUGGAGAAAAGGGCCCACAGAAUAUUUUUGAGUUAACCAUGUAUGAACAUCCACCAGAGGGGGAGAUACUGCGGGGGCUGAGAAUCAUCGUCAACGACUCUGAUCAGGGUGCUAAUGCUAAAUUCAAUCUGAGACUGAUCGGACCAGGAAGGAUGCUACGAGUCGUCCCUCAGACUGUGCUCAACGAGGCCCAAGUCACCAUCUUAGUGGAAGAUUCUGCAGCUAUGGAUUAUGAAAAACACCAGUUUCUCACAUACAAGCUGCUUGCAGUUGAGAUCGACACACCUGAGAGAUUCAGUGCCACAGCCGACAUUGUCAUUCAUCUCCUGGACACCAAUGACAACGCUCCCAAAUUCUCCUCGGAUUAUUACAUCGCCAGAAUUCCAGAAAACUCGCCGGGCGGCUCCAAUGUGGUGUCAGUCACGGCAACAGACCCAGACUCAGGUCUUUGGGGUGAAGUGCAGUACUCGAUCUAUGGAUCAGGGGCUGACUUGUUCCUGAUCCAGCCAACAACUGGGAUCAUUUACACACAGCCGUGGGCGAGCUUGGACGCCGAGGUGAGGUCCAAAUAUAACUUCUAUGUGAAGGCGGAGGACUCAGAGGGGAAGUACAGCCUGGCUGAGGUCUUUGUGACUGUGUUGGACCUGAAUGACCAUCCCCCUGCUUUUAAUGACAACUUCCUGGAGACAACUAUGGUGAUCGGAGCACCAGUGAAAAUAGAGGCUGUAGACGACGACGCAGAAGUUCCCAACAACGUCAUCGAGUACGCCAUCAUGAAAGCAGAUCCGGACAACAACAUCUUUGACAUUAACGCUGACACAGGAGAGAUCAAGCUCAAGUCCUACAUCAAGUCCAUGGCCAUUAUUCAGAACAUCACCAAAAAGAGCGACUGUUCCUGGUCUCUGGUGGUUCAGGCCCGGGACCGCGGCCAGCCGUCCUUCAGCACCACGGCAGUCGUCAAGAUCGACAUCACUGAGGCUACCCAACUCAGUGGGGGGCCUCUGGGAUCAUUUUUGAUGCAGAGUAGAAACAAGCCCUUGCAAAUCGUAGGCAUGCUCGCUGGUGUCAUUAGUCUCAUGGUCAUAGUCACAGUCAUCAUCUCCACGGCAACAUUCAUGCGCAACAAAAAGUCCAACCGGAUCAUUCCCAACCGGCGCGUCAGGAGGAGACAGCGAAACCAGCCUGCCUGGAACUUCAAAAACCCGUUCAAGAAACCAGAAAAUCCAGGACAGAAAUUCACAGUUCAGGAGGUGGACGAGCACGAGCCAGAUGUCGUCGUGGAGAACGCCAACUACAACAACAACGUCAACAAUGUUGUCAGACAAUGGCCGCUACCUCCACCACCUUGUGCUCCAUGCCUGCCGCCUCCCCCACCACCCUGCUACCCUGCUGAGAGGCAGUGGGCGGUGCCCACCGUCUCAGCAGCAGUGGCAGCAAAACCUAAAAAGAGGCCGCCUACGACCAGGCGAGACACUGUGAACAAUGCGCUGGUGACAGAGCUCAAGAUGAGACUGGAGCAGAAGAGGAUGCAGCAUCAGUAACACUCGACAAAACAAGCUCACCUCAAGGUCCAUGAAGCAGCAUUCAGUCCUGAAGCAUAAGCAGUUUUCCAGCUGUCGUGAAAAAGUAGUUUCAGGUAUACAUUCUGUCUUUGGCCCGAAAGACAAGAGGAUACGAAAACAGAAAACAGACUUCCCCAACCCAGACUUUAAAGAAGAUACAGGUCAUGUGAUCAAAAGCUCCACAAUAGCUGCUGAACAGACCAUGAGGUGUGUUUGUUUUCAACUGUUGUUUCAAAAGGUAUAGAUGAAUGCUUGGUGUGUGUGUGAGCGUGAGUGUUUUUCUCAGAAAGGUAACACACUGAAGCAGCUAAUUGCUCAAUUCUUUGUGUAUAAAAUGUUGAAUAUCUGUCAUAUGCAUCUUUUUCCAGAAUGUUUUUAACUUUUAACUUUUCCUCUUUUGUUUCUGAAUCAAGUCUGUGAUGUGUGACUUGUUUUGUGACAGGUAAAUCUUACUUUUUCAAUGAUUUGUUGACACACUAGUGGCUUAAAGUUCCUCACCUCCGAUCCCUUGCCGGGAAUGAAGUCAUUCAGAUUCCGGCAAGUAAGACUGUUUUUUUUGGGAUCCAACCAAGCUCCUUAUGAGAGAUUUCAUGACACUUGAACUGACUAAAGAGAUCAGGCCAUGGGAGGGGAACCAAAGUGAUCACAUUAGGAGAACCUUUAAUCCCACUGCGCAGGUGUGAAGCACUGUGUAGGGCUCUGUCUUUCAUCAGAUAUGAAAUGUUUAUUUUCUGAUUUAAAGGACUGUGUUUCAUUUGUUUAUGAUUGUCAAUGUGCUGGUUUAUGUGUUUUGACCGGUGUUUUUUUGUUUAAGGGACCUGUUGCUGUAAAAACAUCUGUCAGAAUUUGACUACCAAUAAAUAACUUUAUUUGUAAUUUUAA